AUGGAGAAUAUUCCAAGGGAAUUCAACAAGAUCCCCCCAGUGACCAAGUUUAUCGUCACUGCGACCGCGAUAGUCUCGGUACCGACGAUGCUCGGAAUCUUCCCGGCCACGUCGAUCGUAUUUGACCCGUAUGGUGUUAUGUACCGCCACGAGGUUUGGAGACUCGGGACGUCUUGGUUCUAUGCUCCGUCGUCGGAGUUUUUCUUGUUUGUGGCUGGAAUGUUCCUCCUCUACCAUUCUGCGUUUAACAUAGAGACAAACUUGUUCCAAGGUCGUUCGGCCGACUUUGCAUGGCAAGUAAUUCUGUCUGGAAUUGCCAUCUUGACCCUGAACGUCCCGCUCAAGACUGGGUGGAAUUCCGUAAGAAAUUUAGAACAGUCGGCGCGUUCUAAAUCGGUCCGUCGGGACGGGACGGAUUCGGCCCGAGGACGGGAGGCUGUGCUGGCUUGGACCAGCACUGGACCGUUCUAA